CAGGGCACGGCUCGCAGCGUCUGUGGUAACCUUGUCGGCCGGGAAGGCGGAGGCCAAAGGCGGUGAAAGGCUGGUGACCCAUUUGGGGGCUGCGCAGGAGAGAAUAUGACUGCUGGUUCAGUGUGUGCCCCUCAGAUCAUACCACUACGAGUGCCUGAGCCUGGAAAAGCUAACAAUGAAAUUGAUAACAAUACUCUUUUGGAAAUGAAAUCCGACACUCCAGAUGUCAACAUAUAUUACACCCUGGAUGGAAGCAAACCUGAGUUUCUAAAAAGAAUUGGUUAUGGUGAAAAUAAUACAUUUAAGUAUACAAAACCUAUUACUCUCCCUGUUGGAAAAAUACAAGUUAAAGCUAUUGCAGUCACUAAAGACUGCAGGCAGAGUAGAAUUGUAACAAAGGUUUUUCAGGUAGACUACGAACCACCAAAGAUAGUCUCUUCAGAGGAUGACAUUGAAAAUAUUCUCAAAGGUUCUUCAAAGCAGGAAUUAAAAAAUGGAUUUGAUGGGCCAAAACUAAAGAAGAAAUAUAAGAAUGCUGACAAUAAAUCUAGUUGGAAUGUUAACCUUAGGAAGUUUCCAGAUCUCGAGGUAGGUGAAAGAAUGGACCCCAAAACUCUGAAAGAUCUUCGUUUCUUAGAGAGUCCACUGGAAAUCCCAGCCUGCCGUGAAGGAUCAGGUUCUAGACCAUCCACCCACCUGUCCCAGUCCCCUGGUUUUGCACAUGUUACUGGUCAAAAGAGUCUGACAAGCACAGAGAUCAUGAGGAUUCAAAGGCAGACAGACUUUCUCAAGUGUACCCACUGUCUGGCCCCCUACCCGUCUGAUCCCUAUGCUCGCUUCUGUCAAGAAUGUGGUGCUUCUAUCCCACCCAUUUUUGGCUGUCGACUUCCACCCCCAGAAGGAGCUCAGAUGGGCUUGUGUGCAGAAUGUGGAAGCAUGGUACCCAUGAAUACCCCCAUCUGUGUGGUGUGUGAGGCCCCUCUUGCCCUACAGCUGCGGCCACAGGCCAGCCUCCACUUGAAGCAUGCUGCUUGUUGGACCACUCUGUUGGGCUCUGUACACCACAGUCCCCAGGCUCUGACUCCAAGACUUACUGCCCCCUACCUUGACUCAGUGACCUGCAUCCCUGCAUGCUUUGGUGGUCAUGGUGAUGGAGGGGUACAGUGGAGGAAUUUGUUAAUUGUAUCAGGGGCUAUGGCCAGGGAUAGCUUUGAAGAGGAUUGCCAUCUGAACAGAUAUGUAAGAAUUUGCCAAAUGAAGGUGUGUGACAAGGAGAAGCGGCUCACAUAUAUGUGUUUAUUGGGGAUUGGUGGGAUGUUCCAGGCAGAUUAA